AUGAAACAGACAUACAAAAUUAUCCCAAAAGAGAACUCUUAAAACAUAAAUAUUCAAUAUGCUUAGAAAAAUACACAAAAAUAAUUAUUUUUCUUAUCAUAAUCUGAUAUCAAUGAUAAUUAUCAAGAAAUUCAAAAUUUCAAUUAAGUCAAUGUAAACUAAAUUUUUGUCAUGAUUCCAAAUGGAAGAAUUCUUUCUUUAGAUAUAAAUGAUGAAAAACCUUAUUUAGAAUAAAUUAAUCAAUAAAUAGAAUAGAAAGAAGGAAUUCCUUCUAAUAGAUAUAAUUUAUUUUUAGGUCCAAAACAUAUUAAUAGUUCUAAUAGUAAAAAAAUAAAAAAAUUUUCUACAUUGCAUUUGAGAAUACAUUCCGAAAAAAAUAAAAUUAAAAAACACCCUCAAUAUUUUAUUUAUGUUAUUUAUCAAAAUAAAACCUUAAUAAUAGAAGUUAAUCUUAUGGGUUUUGUUAGUGAUAUUAAGCACUAAUUGGAAAAGUAAUACAAAUUUCCAAAAAUUUUAUAAUAAUUGUAUUUAAAAAAUAUCUAGUUAUAAGAUGAUUAGAAUUUAUAAUAUUAUAACAUUAAUCAACAUUCUAUUUUUUUUUUAAAGCUAAAAGAGUAGAUUUAUAUAUAUCUAGGAUCAAAAAAUAAAAUAAUUAGAGAAAAAUUAAAUGAUAAAUAAAAAAUUAAAGAUUUAAAAAUCAGUUUGAUAUAAAAAUAUUAAGAUUUGAAAGACUAUCAUGUUUUUUAUGAGAAUUAAAUCUUAGAUGAAAAUAAAACUCUCUAAUUUUAUAAUAUAAUUCAUGAGUCAAUAAUUGAGUUGAUAGGAAAACAAUAUAUAAAUUUCACCAUUCAAAUAUAAUGUCUAAUUUUGCCAAUGAAAAUAGAGUAAUUUCAAAAAAUUUUAGAUAUAAAAAAAGAAAUCCAAUAAUUAUUAGAAUUCCCAAUAAAUUAAUAACAUUUAUUUUAUAAAGGAUAAGAAUUAAAUGAUAACGAAACAGUGUAAUCUAAAAUUGAAUAAGACAGUAAUUUGUAUCUAUUUAAUGACUUAAAAUCUCCAUAUAAAAUUACAAUAAUCAAUAAAAUAGAUAAUUGUAAAGAAUUUACGGUAACAGUUUCACCAAAUGAUAAAGUGUUUUAACUAAAAUAUAAAAUCUGUUUAAAUUAAGAAUGUUAAGUACCUCCAGAGAAAUAAUAACUAAAAUUUUAGGGAAAGUUUUUAAAAGAUUACAAGGAUUUGUCAUAUUACAAUAUCGAGAAUUUUGACUAUAUAAUUUUAGAAAAAAAUAAGAACUGA